UUCUGUUGACUUUUGUAUUUUGACGCGCUGGAGCUUGAUGAUGACUUGGAAAAUGAAAUAGUGAUCAAUUCGCGUUCAUGAGGAGAAGGUCGUUUCUAGGACAUUUGAUUUUUUCCGUUGUUGUUUUUUGUUUUGGUGACCUUUUAAACCACUCAACUUAGAUAAAGACAAAUUUUAAUUGAUCGGAGAUAUUCGGGACACUUACCACAUCGGCUCCAAUUUCCAGCAUUUCGCCGCUAGCAGUUUCAGACAAUAAAUAUGGCUUCACAAGUCCAUCUGCCCUUUUUCACCAAAGGCACGGUCGUCAAAGGGUUCGGCCGCGGUUCAAAAGAACUCGGAAUUCCCACUGCAAAUUUUCCAGAAGACGUCGUCGAAGGCCUCAAUCUGGAAACCGGAGUCUAUUACGGUUUCGGACUAGUCGAAACGGACGACUCGCCUCGAAAGAUGGUCAUGAGCAUCGGCUGGAAUCCGUUCUACAACAAUACGCAAAAGUCGAUGGAGACUCACAUGUUGCACAAGUACGACGAGGAUUUCUACGGGAAAGAAUUGCGAGUAGUGAUUCUGGGUUAUUUGAGGCCCGAAAAGAAUUUUUCGUCGUUGAACGAGCUGAUUGAAGCGAUUAAUUUAGAUAUUAGGCAAGCGGAUUCGUUGCUUGAUAAACCAGACCUUGCCGCAUUCAAAAAUCAUCAAUUUUUUUCUUGAAUAUAUUCAUUAUUGUUUAAUAUCUUUCAACAUUCUUUAGUUUCAUUGUAUUAUGUAUUACUUAUGUGUAUAUUUUUGUUUCUUGAAUAUGUAUUAAUUUUUAAAUGAAUAGGUUUUUACAAUAAGUACUUAAUUGAAAUAAUAUUAUGUAAGUUUUAAUUAUGUGUACAUAUUUUUAUUUAUAUCUAAUAAAAGAAUAUCGAAUUAGUGUGGUAAUUUAUCAGCAAUUAAACAAUAAAAUAAUCC